AUGCCUCAUUAUUCUUCAUAUCAAGUCACAAAUACAACAACAAAGAAAAAUUAUCAUGAUAAUGAUAAUGAUGAUGAUGAUGAUUUAGAAGCAUUACGAACAGCUGCACUUAAAACAUUAUAUUCUAAGAAACGCAAAAAUACUUAUGAUCAUUCACCAACUCAUCGAAAUUCUCGUUCAUCAUCAAGAUCUUAUUCAUCAUCUUCAUCAUCAGCAUCAUCACGACGAUCUAGUUAUAGUCGUUCAUCUAUUAGUAGAUCUUAUUCAUCAUCAUCAUCAUUAUCAUCAAUUAGUUCAAAUUCUUUAGAUAAAAAUGAUAAAGAUUAUCGUUUUGAAACAAAAAAUAAACAAAUAAUUAGUGAUAUUGAUGAACGUUUUCCACAAGAUAUUUUAAAUAAUAAUGAUGAUGAUGCACUUAUUGUUAAUUGUCCUAUACAAGAUGAUGAUUUACUUAUACAAGAUGAACAAAAAUUAAUAAUAAAUCAUUCGAAAGAUCAAUCAUUAAAAAAAACUUCUAAUUAUAAUGAACAAAAUCAUAAUAAAUUAUCUUCAAAAGAAAUAAAACAACGAAAAGAAAAUGAAUCUAAAAAAUCUUCAUCUAUUAAAGAACAUCCUGUUUCAAUAACAGUUAAAUUAAAUUCUGAUAAUUUUGAUUUACGACAAUUAAUAAAAAAACGUCGUACAAAUGAAUCAUUACAAAAUAAUAAUGGUAAUAAUAAUAAUAAUAAUAAUAAUAAUAAUAAUCAACGUAUUGUUCAAAUUUUACCAAAAGAUAAUCAAUUAAAUGUAAAUAAAACAAUUCAUGAUCGUAUUUCAUCAAAACGAUUAGAUAAAAAUCAAUCAUUAAAAAAAUAUCGUAAACAUUGA